GAUAAAAACAACAAGUCAACAACCAAUACGAAGAGACGGAGAUGCUUAACCUUAACACUAAUAAUUCUUGUUCAUCAUUUUUUCUCUCUCCUCCAUUAAACCUCAAGCUCAACUCUUUGAAUUGAAACCAAAAUCAACUCUUUUUUGUACUAAUAUGCGAAAUUCUCGCCGGCAAAUACUCUGGGCGGACCUUCCGGUGGAGAUUCUCCGAUCGAUUGCGAAACGCCUUAGAAAGAAACAAGAUCUACAAAACUUCAAAUCAGUUUGUAAAAAAUGGCGUGGAGCCACCGCAAUCUCCGCCCUCUUACCGUACGAUGUGGGUUUGGAAACUCUGUUUUCAUCCUCUGUUUUCCUCCUCCGACCACCUGUCUCUGGCCCACCAUGGCUAGUCACCUCCGUUGAGAUCACUAAAGGGAAAUUCCAAUUCUGCCAUCCUCUUUCCGGUGAUCUACUGCCUGAUAUUCCUGAGAAUUUUAGCCUAGACCGGUUUCGGCCGCGUUGUGUUGUUGUUGAUUACCAUAUGGCUGAUGAAAAGGAUAAGUGUAACCCUUCAAGGGCUCUGUUUUGUCAUGAUAAAGUGCUGCCGUUUUUUGAUGAUCAAAGUGUUCCGACCGGUGUCGAUGAUGGUUCGUUGUUGGUUUUGUUUAGAGGGGGGCAGUUAGGGGGGUCUCCUGCGGUUAGGCCGGAGUUUCGGUAUGGAACGGAGUUGCCUUGGUUUGAUAUUUCGUAUGGUUCGCUUGACAAGUUCGAUGAUGUAGUGUGUUUUUGUGGUGUAAAUUAUGUGAUUGAUAGAGUUGGGAAGUUGUACAGGAUGUUUACUAAUCAAUUUGCUGUACUUAAGACCCUAGUCGAAAAGCCGGUGAUUAAGCCGGAUUGUGUAAGCAAGGGAUCGAGGAAGCGUCUUGUGGGAUUAAAGUCAUCUGGGGAUAUGUUUUUGAUUAGGCGAAGUAAUGAUUUGAUCAAAGUUUAUAAGUUGUGUAAAUUCGCUGAUAAGAAGUCAUGGAGUUGGGUUAAGGUUGAGAGUUUUGGGGAUGAUUACGAUCCUAAGGUGUUGUUUGUUUUGAAAUCGAGUAGUUUCUUUGUUUCAGCUGCUGAAUUUCCUGGUUUUGAGCUUGGAAAUUGCAUUAUCUUCUCCAACAGCGCCUUUCGUCCCUAUAGUAAACCCGGUGAAUCUAAGGUUGUUGAAGAGAAGAUUCAGUAUUUUAAGUUGGGAGAGCAUGAUCAUGAUGAUUCCAUACUGACUGUGGGUUCCCCGGGCAGUCCUCUUGACUUUUAUUCUCCGCCGUCUUGGGUUUUGCAGGCUCAAUCAACUUCAUCUCCAUCACACUCUCAAUGUGAACCUGAGGAAGAUGCAAUGAUGGAACCUGGUACAGGCAACCAAGGUGGCACGUCUUCACACGAACAUGUCUUGACUCCCUCGCGUGCACCAAAAUCCAAGGAACAAAGCACAUCAGACUCUGCAGCAAAAGCAAAACCUACCUCCCACCCCCUGGUUCUGAUAAAAAGCAUGAGGAAGAUACGUCAAAGAAAGCUUCUGCUGCAGAAACUACACCUGAAAUUCCAUCAGUAUUGGCUUCGAAGGAUUGCGAGUCAAAUCACAAGUUUCAAAGCUUAGAAUCACUAGACAUCAAGCCCAACCUAUUGUCAACUUUGCAACUCAUUUGGAACAAGCAUGACAUCCUAGUUGGAAAGUAUACAGUACAAAGCAAAGACAUGUUAACCUGUGCCUUAGAAUCACUGGCAAAGCUCAUAAUCACUCUUCAAAAUACUACAGCUAGGACCUUGACUGAUUCCUUAGCUAAGGACCUAGAAUCCGUUCUGUAUGACCUUCAUUGUGCAAGAUUGUCGGUAGGCUGGUUAGUUCCUUUUGUUCAAAGGGCUUUGGCCCUGCACAAAAACAAGCCUCUGAUUGAGUAUUUGAUGGCUAUUGACAAGGAGAAAGCUCAGGUUGAUAAAGAGGAAAGAGAUUUCCUUGCUCGCACUGCUCAAGUGAAGCAAGAACUAGAGGAGAGAAGAGCCUGUUUGUCUGCAAAAAUUUCUAUUCCGGAGCCAAUAAAUCUUGAUCAAAGCCUGGGAGAGGGAUUAUUCUGAUUUGAUAAUGCAAUUUUCUGUAGUGUAUUUCAGAGAAUCUUUAGUUAUGUUUCAGGAAACAUACUGUGUUAGUUAUUACAAAUUGCAGGCUACUUUUUUUGAACAAAGCUACUUAAAUUGCCUUGCUUAUUUAAAUGUCUUUAUCAUUUA